AUGGCUCUCUUCCCAUCUGUUUCCGCCAUUCAGGCCUCCUUCGACCCCAACGGCGCCCGUGCUGGUGCUUUCAACGUCCGAUCUUCUCUCGACAAGACCGUCGAGAAGGUCGAGAAGAAGGCUGACGCUCUCGUCUCUGAUGCUAAGGCCGAGGUCGCUAAGGCCGGCGAUGCCAUCAAGGCCCAGAAGGCCAAGGGCAUCAAGCUCUACUCCCCUGAGUUCUACGCCACCUGUGUUGCCGGUGGUAUGCUCGCCUGUGGUGUUACCCACGCUCUCGUCACCCCUCUUGAUCUCGUCAAGUGCCGACGACAGGUGAACCCCGCUCUCUACUCCUCCAACAUGCAGGCCUGGAGAUCCAUCAUUGCCUCUGAGGGUAUGGGUGGUAUCUGGACCGGUGUCGGUGCCACUCUUAUCGGUUACUCUCUCCAGGGUGCUGGUAAGUACGGUUUCUACGAGCUGUUCAAGAAGAAGUACGGUGACUUCGUUGGCGCCGAGAACGCCGAGAAGUACAAGACCUUUGUCUACCUCGCUGCCUCCGCCUCCGCUGAGGUUCUCGCUGAUAUUCUGCUCUGUCCCUGGGAGGCCGUCAAGGUCAAGACCCAGACCACCAUCCCCCCCUUCGCUACCGGUGCUUUCGAUGGUAUGAAGAAGAUGGUCGCCGCUGAGGGUGUUGCCGGCCUCUACAAGGGUCUUACCCCCCUCUGGGCCCGACAGGUUCCCUACACCAUGGUUAAGUUCGCUACUUUCGAGCGAACCGUUGAGCUCAUCUACUCUUACCUGCCCUACCCCAAGAAGGACUACUCCUUCCUUGCCCAGACUGGUGUCUCCUUCCUCGGUGGUUACAUUGCUGGUGUCUUCUGUGCUAUUGUCUCCCACCCCGCUGAUGUUAUGGUCUCCAAGAUUAACUCCGAGAAGCAGCCCGGUGAGUCCACCGGCCAGGCCGUCUCCCGAAUCUACAAGAAGAUUGGCUUCGGUGGUCUCUGGAACGGUCUCGGUGUCCGAAUCGUCAUGGUCGGUACCCUCACUGGUCUCCAGUGGCUCAUCUACGACUCUUUCAAGGGUAUUGUUGGUCUCCCCACCGCUGGUGGCGCCCCCCCUGCCCAGAAGUAA